AUGUCCAUGAUCGCGAGGAUCUACGAUCCUUUAGGACUGGUCGCACCCGCAAUCUUUCACGGUAAAUGCAUAAUGCAGCGUACAUGGUCGGCGAAGGUGUCAUGGGAUGACCCUCUUCCGGAUGACAUUUCGCGGGAUUGGAAAACGUUUGUAUCGGACCUGCCAUCACUUAACGACCUGAAAGUGCCUCGUCAUUUCAAUUCCCGUCGUGAAUCACCGUGUCAACUACUGGGAUUUUGUGACGCUUCGCAACACGGUUACGCUGCAGUUUUGUACACAAAAAUGUUAGACCAUGAUUCUGAUUCGACUGUUUUCCUCGUCGGGACCAAAACGAAGUUGGCGCCGAUCAAAACCUUGUCGAUACCGCGGUUGGAGCUGAACGCCGCGUUAUUGCUAUCUCGAUGGAUGAGUCGGAUCCGGACAACCCUUAAAUCAUAUUUAAACAUUGUCGAUUUGUACGCAUGGAGUGACUCCGCUAUCGUAUUAUCAUGGUUGAGAAAUCCACACACUUCAUUCAAGGUGUACGUCUCCAAUCGCGUCCAUCAAAUCAUUACUCUAAUGCCCGACUGUCGAUGGCUCCACAUAAUGUCUGAGGAAAACCCCGCAGAUUGCGCCUCGCGCGGCGUCCUACCAUCAAAAAUGUCCAGUCUACCCCUAUAUUGGCAAGGUCCCAAGUUCAUCCACGAUGACACGUCGAACUGGGACGAGACUGUACCGUCGAUCCCGAUAUCAGAUUUACCUGAGACACGGCCCGUCGCCCUAGUGCUCAGCGCUGAACAGCCAUCAGAAUGGUAUGACAGGUUUUCGUCAUAUGACCGGCUGGUCCGCGUAGUCGCCUAUAUUUAUCGUUUCAUUAAAGCAUGUAAGAAACACUGUCGGGCACCUGUCAUGGCACUACAGCGCACAGAACUUGACGACUCCAUCCGCAACAUGGUCAUCUGCUCACAACAGUGUUUUUAUAAGACAUUAGCACUCGAGCUAUUGACGUCGACACGUGUGUCAUCGAAACAUCUAUCUCGACUCCGUCCGUUCUUAGAUCCAUCUGGAGUGAUCCGUGUUGGAGGGCGAUUGCGUUACUCAAAUUUAGAUUAUGGUUUUAAACAUCCCAUGUUACUAGCAAAGCAAUCGCAUUUGUCGUUGUUACUAUGCCGCCGAUGGCACAAGAUUACGUGUCAUGCGGGUCCGCGAAUAAUGACGGCUCUCAUAUCGCGCGAAUUCUGGAUUGUGUCGAUUAAAUCUGUCUUACACACCGUCACACGCGCCUGUCCUGUUUGCGUGCGUUUUGAUGCGAAACCGCCGCAACCUAUAAUGGCAGACUUGCCAGCCGCACGAGUACAGCAGAGUAGGCCGUUCGCGAGAGUAGGAGUUGAUUACGCUGGCCCACUUCAAAUACGUGAAGUGCAACUCCGAAAAUCUCGCGUAUAUAAAGUUUACAUUGCCGUUUUCGUAUGCUUUUCGGUUAAAGCAGUACAUCUAGAAGUGGUCACAGAAUUGUCAACUGAAGCGUUCCUUGCCGCCUUUGACAGGUUUGUCGCGCGACGAGGCUUACCGUCAGAAAUUUUCUCGGACUGCGGCACGAAUUUUGUUGGCGCGGAUAAGCAACUUCAGUUGCUGAUUAACGGUCCAGAAGGUCAACGCGUAAUUUCUGAAACGCGCACAUCAUGUCAUUGGCAUUUUAACCCCCCAAGUGCACCCCAUUUUGGUGGCCUGUGGGAGGCAGCGGUCCGGUCAACAAAACGACUGUUGAUCCGCACCAUGGGUACCCAUGUCCUUACAUACGAAGAGUUCACUACUUUACUCACCCGUAUCGAGGCGAUGCUUAAUUCGAGACCAUUAACCCCAUUAACCACGGACCCAACUGACCUUGAAUAUUUGUCUCCUGGACACUUCCUAAUCGGGCAACCUCUGUUAGCUGUACCUCCCCGAGUAUCGUUUGAGUCACGCGUAAAUUUAACCCAACGUUGGAAGCUGCUCGACCAAGGCCAUCAAGCAUUCUGGCGACGUUGGUCAACCGAAUAUCUGACUUCGCUUCAAGGGAGAUCGAAAUGGACAGCUGAAACCCCCAACGUCAAGGUCAACGACAAGGUAGUAGUAAUUGACAACCAAUCUCCACCAUUGGCAUGGCGCCUUGGGCGUAUUCUUGAAUUAUCACCUGGCAACGACGGUGUCGUACGUGUCGUGCGAUUGUUGACGAGUCAUGGCCAAAUCACUCGACCCGUUGCCAAAGUAGUGGUGUUACCCACCCAAUGA